AAGGAAGUAGCGUGCCAACCUGCGGCAGUCCCGCCGGACUCAUAGCGGCGUUAUAGGAGUGACCUGCAGUCAGAUAAACCAGAGAAGAACUAAGCUACGGCGGGCGCCUACCCAUGGAGGACUACCCGAACAAACCUUCUCCUGACUUCAGUCACAGACCGGUUUCGGCGUCACAGACGGACCGAAGUCGAAGAGCCGGGACGGAGCAGAGCAGACCCGACCUGGCGCAGAAAAGAUGGGCUCUGCUGAGGCAGGUUUUAAGGCAGCAGCAUGUGGACAGUAAUGCGACACAGGAGAUUUCGGUCCGACGAUUUUACUCCUUCAACUUAUUCAAGAGAACACCAGCAAGCUUCAAAGAAGAAGAAGAGGGGAGGAGCAAUGGUGCAUGGUUUGAAUGCAGAAGUGCCACAUUUCCUCAAUACAGUGCCUUUCUCAGAGUUAGCCUUGGACCAUUAAACGUCGAUGAUGUUCUCACUAGCUUUGAUAACACCGGAAAUGUCUGUGUGUGGCCCUCUGAAGAAGUGCUGGCUUACUACUGCCUGAAAAAGAGGGAAAUGUUCAGGGAUCUCACUGUGUGUGAACUGGGAGGAGGCAUGACGUGCCUUGCAGGAAUCAUGAUUUCUAUUUCUGCAGAAGCCAGAGAAGUUUUGCUGUCUGAUGGGAAUGAAAAAGCCAUCCAAAAUGUACAGUGUGUCAUCGAGGAAAAUCAGAAGCACGGUUUCUUCAAGGAUACAUCCGUGUCCAGUCGUGUGCUGAGAUGGGAUAACGAGUUUGAUGUGUCACCUCUCGAAGGACGAUUUGACCUUGUGAUCUGUGCUGACUGCCUGUUUCUGGACCAGUACAGAGCCAGCCUCGUCUCAGCAAUCAAGCGAUUACUCCGACCCAACGGAAUGGCUAUUGUCUUUGCUCCUCAGAGGGGUGACACUUUGAACCAGUUCUGCCGCCUGGCUGAAAGCGCAGAGUUCUCCAUCAGCAGAUAUGAAAAUUAUGACGACUCCAUUUGGAACUUUCAUUCAAAGAUGAAGAGCAAUCAAGAGUCGAGAUACGAUGAAAAUGUGCACUACCCGAUUCUGCUGAAUCUCACCAAGGGGCUGCCUGCCAUGAGGCCGUCGAGGGAAUCCAAAUAACGUCAGUGGCCGUUUACAUUGAGACAACAACAAGAUACCUCUGAACCCCAUCCAGAACCUGACCUGCACCGCCAUCCCUGCAAUGUGACUUGACCCACCGGGCUGCCUAAGCACACACUGUUUCUUCACUUUUUUGACAACCUUCUUUUUUGUAUUUUUUCAGGGUGACACAGUUUACAAACCGCCCCCACACACUUUGCCAUGGCAAUCAACUAAAUGUGAUCGACAACUUUAUAACAAAGUGGAGAAUACAUCUUCAUCGCUGAGGACUUUGGGUCAAAUGAUUGAGGAGUUGAGGUUUCAAUCGAACUGAGCAAAUCUCUCAACUCAAGGCUUUGGGGGUCUGGUCUGUCCGCCAGUUCUGCAGCACAAUCCGAUUGCUUCUGGGAUUUCCCAGGGUCCCUCUAUGGGAGAUGUCUGCCUUGUUCUGUCCAAAUAGUGUUCGGCCUUUGACUAUGCAAAUGUGUGUGAUUUGUACUUUUCUUGUGAAUUAAUGAGGUUUUAAUAAUCGUCUUUAAGCUUU